AUGGCGUUCGCGCUGCUGCGCCCCGUCGGCGCGCACGUGCUGUAUCCGGACGUGCGGCUGCUGAGCGAGGACGAGGAGAACCGCAGCGAGAGCGACGCGUCCGACCAGUCGUUUGGCUGCUGCGAGGGCCUGGAGGCGGCGCGGCGCGGCCCGGGCCCCGGGGGCGGGCGGCGGGCGAGUGGCGGCGGCGGCGGCGGCGGCGGCGGUGGCGGCGCGGGUCCCGUGGUGGUGGUGCGACAGCGGCAGGCGGCCAACGCGCGGGAGCGGGACCGCACGCAGAGCGUGAACACGGCCUUCACGGCGCUGCGCACGCUCAUCCCCACCGAGCCGGUGGACCGCAAGCUGUCCAAGAUCGAGACGCUACGCCUGGCGUCCAGCUACAUCGCGCACCUGGCCAACGUGCUGCUGCUGGGCGACGCGGCCGACGACGGGCAGCCCUGCUUCCGUGCGGCCGGCAGUGCCAAGAGCGCGGUCCCCGCCGCCCCCGACGGCGGCCGCCAGCCGCGCUCCAUCUGCACCUUCUGCCUCAGCAACCAGCGCAAAGGGGGCGGCCGUCGUGACCUGGGGGGCAGCUGCUUGAAGGUGAGGGGGGUGGCCCCCCUCCGAGUGCCGCGGAGAUGA